AUGGCUCAGGUACUCACAUCAGUCAUCCAGACGACAGGACCCAUUACAAUGCCCUACUCGCCGUCCGAUGCCUACAAAAACACGCCCAACCACCCCAACCAACAACAACAGCGGGCCUCGCAGAUGCCGCGCAACCAGCAAAAUGGAAACUCGGGAGGCACUGGAUACAGAGGGACCGCCGCACCCAUAGCCCCGUAUGCCUUCAACAGCACGCCCCAGCUGCGCCAGGACAACAGGUCUGCCUCGACUCCAGCCCCCCAAACCCUGCAGCAGCCUCCCAGCCACGCCAACCAGACACGACUCGGCCACCCCUCUCACCCCUCCUCAUCCUCCGAUUCCACAGUCUCCACCUCUGGCUCGUCCAACCGCUCGUCGGCUGGGCCACCCGCAGCUGCCAGAGAUGACCGCGACACCAAGAAACCUUACGACUCCGCUGCGCCCUCCAUCACGCUAUCCACCUCCAUACCCGAUCUCUCGCUUUCAAUAGGCGAUACGCCUGCCAAGCCCUCACCAGGACGAUACAGGCGAGGCGCUGGACGGACAGACUCGUCCAACAGCAUUCCGACCGGUGCCUCUACCCCGACGCAACGCUCUACAUCAGGAGGAAACUCCCAGAUGGGACCCACGCAGAAUGACGGCCCACAGCCAUUCAGGCCAGGGCACAACCGAGCGAACAGUGCAGAUGAUACGCAAGUUAUUCGCUCAGGCGGUAUAGACCCCGCUAAGCGAUAUAGAAGACGCAGUUUCAACGGACUGGAAGGAGACAACAACAUUACCUCCGCCAUGGCAUCAUUGCAGGUUAGCUCAGGAGCUGGUUCAAGCACGACACCGAGCGCCUCCACCACCACGCCCUCGAAUUCGAACCGUGCAGGAAGCCGCCCCGACUCGAGUCACAGUCAUGAACGGCAAGGCAGUGCAGGCAGUGCUUCCUCUAACAACUCUUCAAGGUCUCAGUCUCGCCCUGUGGUGAACACGCAGCGCAGCUAUGCCUCCGUAGCAGCAGGCGGUCCUUCCAAAGCACCUGAGCCUAACAGGCGGCAAGCUCCAUCUCCUCUGUCGCACCCGGUCUCCCCAUCAGAGCCUGCAAGCCCUGCGAAGGCACCUGUACUACCUAGCACAGCGAUGCAACACCUCAACGCUGUGAACGACAAGGACAAGGGAAUGAAGUCCCGGCUACGCAGGGCCUUUUCUUUUGGAAGCGCAGCUGAGCUUCGAAAGGCUUCUGCUGAGAAUAACAUCUCGGCAGAGCGUGCAAGAUUGAGGAAAGACAAGUACCAGAACGACGAGGAUGCCGAACAAGCGGCGAUUAUCGCAAAGCAAGAGGCGGCAGGUAUUGGCGCUGGCAUCUACUCAGGACAGGGUGGCAUAGGCUCUACUGACAACCUCUCAAUACAGUCAGCCGCGUCGUCUGCAUCGGUCAUGCUCCGCAAGAUGGGUCAUGGGAUGAAGAAGGGCACAAAAUCCAUCAAGGGCCUCUUCAGGCCAAAGUCGGUCAUUGGAGUCCCUGCCGCCGAUGGCCCUAUCACUAGACCCAGCGUGGGUCAGGUGUCUCUUGUCACCGUCGAGGCUGAGAGACAAAAGGUCAAUGUCAACGCAAACCCUCACGAGCAGAUCGGAGGCGGCACUGGCUAUCCUAGAUUGGAGCGCAAUUCGAUUGACGCCGGACGGUCCGCAGAGAUUGUAAACCCCUCUGCGUUGGGCAACGAGGCUAUGUCAAGGAAGAGCAUCGUUGGGUCCGAUCGCGAUCGUGCCGAGGUUCUUUCCUCGAUGAAGAAGGGCAUCCUAAAACGCACCGGUACAAACUCAGAUUCAGGUUCGCCUGUUCUGAAGCCCGUCGAUGCCGUCCCAAAUGUGGGCUCAUCAAGAUCUAGCUCCCCUGCUACGCCAAAAACAGAGGUUGGGCAAGCUCGCAACGAUGACUACUUCGGCAAACCACCGCGUAUUCCCAACGGCAGCACGAGGAGUCUUCCUACCACACCUCACGGAAGUCUUCGAAACAUCAGUUUUAGCCCACGUAUCCAAUUCCACGAUGCAUGGUCACCACAGGACUACGAUCGUAGAGGCGACAUCGCAACGUGUAAUAGGCUUACACCGAUGCUUGCGCAACAGAUCAAGGAGGAACUGAACUCCUUUAAGAUGGAGAUGGAAGUUCACGAGCUCUCGAAACCACACACCCAUUUCUUCUAA